ACAUCACAGGCCGAGCAUGGGGUGUUCCCGACGCGAUGCGUCGCCGCUGACGGAAGUGCAGAAAGCUUGUGUUGUUGUGCUCGGCUUGUGUCAUGUACGGCGGUCGGUGAGAUGAGCGGUGAGAUCGUGUCAUGACAUCCGCGCGCAUUAUGGCAGCUCUAUCGGGUCAGAGCGAUGAUCCCGUCGAACCGGACCAGUCCCUGCAGCACAUGCUGAAGGCCAUCGCGGACGAGCGGAACCGCCUGAGCGUCAGACAGGACCUCAGCGGACUGGGGUACUUCAAGGAUGACCGCAUAGUGUUCUGGACAUGGAUGUUCUCCACAUACUUCAUGGAGAAAUGGGCACCACGUCAGGAUGAUAUGCUUUUCUAUGUGCGCCGCAAGCUCUCUUACGUCAGUGAAGACAACACAGAAGGGAAGAAGGUGGAGGUUGAGGUUUACAGAAGAGACUCUAAAAAGCUGCCUGGACUCGGUGAUCCUGACAUCGACUGGGAGGAGAGCGUCUAUCUCAAUCUCAUCCUGCAGAAUCUGGACUAUGUGGUCACAUGUGCAGUUUGCACACGCUCAGAUGCAGGAGACAUCCACAUCCACAAAAAGAAAUCCCAGCAAGUGUUUGCCUCUCCAAGCAAACACCCAAUGGACAGCAAAGGGGAGGAGUCAAAAAUUAGCUACCCCAACAUCUUCUUCAUGAUUGACAACUUUGAGGAGGUGUUCAGCGAUAUGACUGUUGGAGAAGGUGAGAUGGUAUGUGUGGAGCUGGUGGCCAGUGACAAAAGCAACACAUUCCAGGGCGUCAUCUUCCAGGGCUCUAUCCGCUACGAGGCCCUAAAGAAGGUCUAUGAUAACCGGGUAAGUGUGGCAGCUAAGAUGGCCCAGCGGAUGUCAUUCGGCUUCUACAAAUACAACAACAUGGAGUUUGUGCGGAUGAAAGGUCCUCAGGGGAAAGGUCAUGCUGAGAUGGCUGUGAGUCGAGUGCCCACUGGAGACACCUCACCCUGCGGCACUGAAGAGGACCAAGACUCCCCUCUUCACGAGAGGGUGACAUCAUUUAGCACUCCCCCGACCCCGGAAAAAAACAGGCCCUCCUUCUUCUCACCAUCACUCCGCCGGAAAGUGCCCAGAAACCGAAUAGCUGAGAUGAAGAAAUCACACUCAGCAAAUGACAGUGAGGAGUUUUUCAGAGAAGAGGAUGAUGAAGACUUGUGCAACGCCACAAACUUGCGCUCCCGGUCUCUGUCAGGAACGGGGAGUUCACUGGUCGGUUCUUGGCUCAAGCUGAACAGAAAAGAAGAGUAUUUUCUGUUAUAUUCCCAUCUCACCUACGUGACUCUUCCUUUGCAUCGCAUCACCACAGAUAUUCUGGAGGUGAGACAGAAGCCCAUUUUGAUGACAUAACAUUUACUGACCCCUCAAAAUCCAUGUUACCAAGUGCCUCCUCACAUCAGGCCCCCGAGGAACCGCCGUGUGGCGUACGGACAGAUAACCAAAAACUAUGAACAAUACGCAAGAGUGAACGAGAAGCGGAGAAGGGAAACCUAAGGAACAAACUCCAUCAAGAAGUGCCUCUUCCACAUGUUCUUCAGAGAGACGGCCUCCAGAAUGGCUCGAGACCUGGAACUAAAGUGGCACUAGACUGUGACGCUAAAGGGAAAUGUUUAUUGGGAGAUGAAACCCAAUAAAUGAAUGUCGUUCUUGUAAAUACACUGCUGCUUAGAUACUCAGUGAACUGUACCGACCACAGCCGUCUCCCUUCAACCUUCCUUCAAGAGACACUCA